GGAGAUGUGGAUUUACUUUGCCUGUGGUCCUUUAUGUCUUUGCAAAGCAAAAUAAACUUGUGCUUCCAGGGUUGUACAUUUCUUUUCAAGCGACUCUCUAGCCUUUUACUUCUCCUUACUAAAGCUGUUAACAGUUGAAAUAUCACAGCCAAGAAGGUCCGUCUCAAGGAAUUUACUGUGUGGUGUAGUGAAGAAGAUAUAGUGAAGAAGAUAAAGCUGGUCAUCUUGUAAUGGAAGAAAAUGGAGCUGACCAUGGCAUUGCUAUGGAAGGAUCUAACGAUUUGUUCGUAGGCAACUGUAAUAGUACAGGAGAGUCAGAAACAAAUGACCGUUUUUUUUCAGAAAUUGCUACUCAAGAUUAAAGUACAUUUUACUGGUUUUCCUCUGUGAAAGCAUCUAACCUGCAUGGAUUCCAGGGAUCCAUUGUUUGGACAGAGUGACUCUCCCGCAGCCUUGCCCAUUGCAGUACACCUCUCGGGCAGUUCUCCAUCAUUGGCUGCGCCUGCGCGGCCACCCCAACCACAGCCUCACUCUGCAGAGGAGUUCCACCUGGUAGACCAGACCGGGCAGCCUCUCUAUGAGCUGCAGCCCCUAGGAGGGCCCAGUGCGCCCGUGAUGAUUGUUGCCAGCCAGUCAGAAAAUGGACAGGUGCUGCAUGUCAUUCCUUCUGCCCAGCCAGGAAUGGCCCAAGUGAUUAUUCCUCAAGGUCAGCUUCUGGAUGUGACCAGCACGCAGGAGAUCACUUGUGUUGAUGCAUCUUUUGUGAGGCCGGGAAUGAAGUACAUAGAUGUCUCGGAAGAGAAGUGUGGUGAUGGGAACUUGCAGACUGUGGCCGUGGCUGCUAUAGCAGACAGUGCAAGCAGUUACAUUCUACAUCCACAGGCAUCUCUCACCGUAUCAAAAAAAACAACCGCCAGGGUAGUGGAAGAUCCCUUUCCCAGCCCUCUCCAGCCAUUGCCGCCAAAUACGCCUGCAUGGGCACGCCGUCUCAGGAACUGUGAGAAAAUUGGGGACUCGUACCGCGGCUAUUGUGUGAGCGAGACAGAAUUAGAGAGUGUUCUAACGCUACACAAGCAGCAAACACAAAGUGUGUGGGGGACGCGCCAGUCUCCAAGCCCAGCCAAACCUGCCACACGGUUGAUGUGGAAAUCUCAGUAUGUCCCAUAUGAUGGGAUCCCCUUUGUCAAUGCAGGAAGCAGAGCCAUUGUAAUGGAGUGCCAAUAUGGGCCAAGGAGGAAAGGGUUCCAGCCCAAAAAAGCUCCUGAGCAGGAAAGCACCUCUGGCCACCUGUACAAAGCCACUUGUCCAGCAAGGAUCUAUAUUAAGAAGGUUCAGAAGUUUCCAGAAUACAGAGUUCCUACCGACCCUAAAAUUGACAAGAAAAUCAUAAGAAUGGAGCAGGAGAAAGCAUUCAACAUGCUGAAGAAGAACUUGAUAGAUGCUGGCGGUGUCCUCAGGUGGUAUGUACAGUUACCCACUCAGCAAGCUCACCAGUAUCAUGAAAUGGAAGCUUCCUGCCUCCCUUCUUCACCGUCCCAUUUUUCUGUGUCUUCUCCUGAGGAGGAGGAGGAAGUUGUUAGAGAUGAGAAUUGUACUCUGCCUUCCCGACUUCAUCCUCAAGUGGCAGACAAGAUCCGAGAACUGGUGUGUCAGGGAAUAGAGCAGGUCUAUGCAGUGAGGAAGCAACUAAGAAAGUAUGUGGAAAGAGAAUUAUUCAAGCCUGAUGAAGUGCCAGAAAGACAUAACCUGUCCUUCUUCCCCACUGUGAAUGACAUCAAGAACCACAUUCAUGAAGUGCAGAAAUCUCUGAGGAAUGGCGAGGUGGUGUAUAAUUCAGACAGUAUCCCAGCAACGCUGCAGUGGACCACAGACAGUGGGAAUGUUCUCACAGAAACAGUGACUGUUACGUUUGCGUCACCACCUUCAGAUGGGAGCUCAGCAGGGGAGUCAGUCGUCACCAAAGCAGAAUCCAACCAGAGUGGGGAGUCCUUGCUACCAGAAACAGCUCAGCUGUUGUCUUCACUCUCUUCACUUCAGCCCAAGAUAUUUGCACAACUUCAGGGAUUACAGCUGCAGUCAACUUUUACCUCCACAAAUGGAUCAACAGCCCUAGUAGCUGUAAAUAACCAUUCUCCUCCCAGCCCUGCAAGUCUCCUGGAUUCCAUAGGGAGUGCAGUAACCAACCAUUCUCUGGUACUUAGUCAGGGACACAGUUUGCAAGCAGGUGCUGGCCUAACACAGCAUAGCGCUGCUGCCUCUGCUUUUGGGACUCUGCCUGGUUCUGAUAAGAGUCUGGUCACCAUGGGCCCGUUGGUAGCAGUUGGAGGGGUAGAUGACUCCAGAAGCCUAGAAGGAGGAGUCCAUCAGAUUCUCUUGGGAGAUGUACAGACUAUUCCAGUACGGAUUGUGGACAGCCAUACAACACUUACUGAAGAAAAUACAGAGAGUGUUAUCUGUGUGAGCCAAGUUAAACAAGAGCCAAGAGAAAAAGCGUUGUCUAUGGAGCCAGAUAAAAUCAGAGACUGACAUAGUUCCUCACCUAUUUAAAUCUGUGAAGCCUGGAAGGAUUUUUCAAAUCAGAGAACUCUAAAUGUCUUGGAAGGAAAGGCAGGUGCUCUCAAAGUCAUGCCAUUCUUUUUAAGUCGUAUUGUGACAUUCAGACAAGGUGUAUUUUACACUAGUUCUGACUGACAGCUGUUUUGAUUUGACUGAUGCAUCUCACUGCCAAUUCCAGGUUAUUCAGUUGCCCUGUGGAACACCACCUGUCUUCUAUUUCAAGUUUUGAAUAAGUUGGAUCCUAUCCAAAUGGCCCAUUUUGGUCAACUUUUCUGAAGGUCUUCCACAAUUUAAUUCCUUAGCUUUAGAAUGUGGAUCACAAUGCUGGGUUUGCUUUUCUCCUUGAGACCCUUGACUGUUACAGCGCUACAGAGACCAUAGAAUCUGCCAGCUCCAAGACCACAGACUCCAACAGCAAAGUGUAUCAAUACAGCAAUGUCUUUGUGACAAAACGAAGGUCCAAGAUGCUAAAUUUCAAAGUGAUGAAGGACAUGGAUGCUUAAGAAAAUGCAACUUUGACCUGAUCAUAAUGUUAAUGGUGUGAAGAUCAAGGAGAAGAGAAAGGUGAGGUGACCAGGUGCACAUAAGGUUGUAUGAUGAAGAAAAGUGUGUGAAUUGUAACAGUGAAUGUUUUCAACUUUGACAUCUUUAAACUUAUGUUCUGGCUUUAUAAUGAGGUUCAUUGCUGCAUGCAGCCUUUGCAGUGGCACUGUAUUAGCAGUUGGUCAUAACAACAAAAAGCAGGAGUCUUGUCUCAUGGAAAAUGAUUGAUGCUGCCAUUUCAGCUUACCUACCUUUUGCUUUAUGCACUUAACGCUAUCAGCUCAGAUAAAUAUGAUUUAACCUCCUGCUGUUUGUGAUGUAGGGCUUAUGGAUACAUUAUUAACAAAGAGAGGCCCAAGAAAACAAAGCAAGUAACAAAAAUCCAAGCAAUAGGUGCAAGUGUCCUGUCACUGUAUUGUUCAGAAAACAAACUCAUCUUGUUCAAUGAUGGCAGCUUCUAAGACUAAAGUGGUCUGUAUUACUUAAAAUAAUUACCAGGAAUCUUUAAAAAAACUGAGUAUGAUAGAUAAAUACCUUUGAGCAAUAUUUAAGCCAAAGCCAUAAUAAGUGACAAGCGCUGAGUUGUGUAAUCUGUGACAGAUAUGUUUCUUUAAGAAAAAAAAUAUAUCUACAAAUAACUUGGAUUCCAUUUAAAGCAGUAAAUGAAAUGAAACUGAUGCCAACAUAAGUAUCAAGUUAAACAAUGACAUUGUGUGCUUCAGAUGUUGAAUUCUUAGAGCAACGUUCACAGUAUUUUGUAUAUGGCAAUAUUAGCAGUUUUGUCACUAGUUGCUACUGAGUGGUUGAGAACUUGAUCAUAAAAUUAGAUUUUUUUUCUGCAUGCUGUACAAGAAUCCAAUCUAAGGACUUUCUCUUUUUUCAGAUAAAAAAAAAAAAAGCAAAAAAUAAAACCGGGAAAAAGCUUGGUUCAUUUAUGUAGAGGAGAAUGUGCCAGGGAUAUUAUAUGAACAUGAAGAUUGAAAAUUUUACAUUGUUAAAUUCAUUCACAUACAUUCAGAGCAUUCACAAACAUCAUCUAAAUAGUGGCCAGGUUCCUAAUACCGCAUCUGUUAGGUCAGAAGCUAUCCAGCAGGUCUAUCCAACAAGCAUCAACUAAGGUAUGAUUUGAUGGGAGAAGGAGGGGAAGGCAAAAAUCUCAUCACAUGGCAGGAAUCUGUUCUUCCUGCUUGCCCACUCAAGUUGUACAAGCCUGCAAAGGACAUGGAGAUCACGAAGAGAGCGUGUAAGAUCUUAUGGGAGGACCUGCAGGAAUGGAAUGGAGGAGAUUAAAGGUUGAUCACAUGACUUCUAUAAGGCCCACUUUCGUGGGAGGAAGAGGAUUUUUCAAUAGAGAAUAAAAAACAGGAAGCAUUCCAAACUGUCCUUCAAAACCACCGUGUUCAGAGCUUCAAAGGAUCACUUACCUCUGAGAGUACUCCAGAUAACCGGCAAGAGACCAGAACGGAGAACAGAAGAGGAGGUGAAGUUUGUAAAAAGCUGCUUGCUGGAGAUGGAAAGCUCUCAAAGUUACUGCUCAAGAUUGCAGUUUCUUCUGGCUGAAGUGGUUCACUUUAAAUGUGCACUAGUUAUCUUCUGAAUGCAAACUAGUGUAACAACUCCACGUUCUUGGCUGUCGACAAAGCUGUUAUCACAUCUGAGGUGUUUUGUACGUGUAAAGAGACGGAGAAAGUGGGAACCUUCUUGACUGUCUACUGAGAACAGAUGAUCUGUGGAAAGGGGGCUUUACCAGUUUUAAAUCAGUAUUUUCACAGUAAUUUGCUGGGUGCACAGGCUUUUCAUGUCAGGUUCUAGUACUUGUCUAACUUUCAACAUAAUACUAUAA